AUGGCUUCCAGUGUUAAGAGCACCAACUCAACAACCACUCAAAUGGAACCUCUCCCACCACAUCAACACCGUCAUCAUCAUCAUCACCACUUUCAUCACCAUCAAAUACAAGACAACCAAAUUUCUUUUGGGAUGAUGCAAUCUUCUUCAUCGUCCUCUAUCCCAGGAAACUACCUCAGAAACAAAGAUUCCGGAGCUUAUGAUUUAGGUGAAUUGGAUCAAGCUCUUUUUCUCUAUCUCGAUGGACAAGCAGACCCUUCAAGCGUUCAAGAACAAAGACAUAACUCAUCAUCAUCAGGAAUGAGGCCUCCAACUCUCAACAUUUUCCCGUCUCAGCCUAUGCACGUAGAGCCAUCAUCAUCCAAUUCCAAGGCUAGCGUAGAGUUAGUUUCUCCGCAAACAAGUGGAUCUAAAAGACCGUCAAAGCCUUCGAUGGAGUUGGCCAACCCACAAAACGAAACCUCUGUCCCUGAACCACCCAAAGCUAUCAAGCGAGAGACCAAUCGCAAGGGUCCAACGUCAAGUUCUGAACAUGAAGGACCUAAAACACCAGAUCCUAAGACUCUCAGAAGACUUGCUCAGAAUAGGGAGGCAGCUAGGAAAAGCAGGCUUAGGAAAAAGGCAUAUGUUCAGCAGCUAGAGUCAAGUAGGAUUAGGCUUAAUCAACUGGAACAAGAGCUGCAACGUGCUAGAUCUCAGGGCAUGUUCUUAGGCGGAGGAGGUGCACUUUUGGGAAUGGGAGGAGAGCAAGGACUUCCUGUGGCUAUGAAUAGUAUUAGCCCAGAUGCUGCUAUAUUUGACGUAGAAUAUGCCAGAUGGCUAGAGGAGCAUCAUCGCCUAGUGUGUGAGCUAAGAGCUGCAGUUCAAGAGCACCUUCCUGAGAAUGAGCUUAGACUAUUUGUUGAUAAUUAUUUGGCACAUUAUGACCAUGUAAUGAACCUCAAGAGCUUAGUGGCCAAAACAGAUGUAUUCCAUCUUGUUUCUGGCAUGUGGAAGACCCCAGCUGAACGUUGCUUCAUGUGGAUUGGUGGAUUCAAGCCAUCUGAACUCAUUAAGAUUAUUCUGGGUCAAAUUGAGCCUCUGACUGAGCAACAAAUACUGGGUAUAUGUGGAUUGCAACAAUCUACGCAAGAGGCAGAAGAGGCUCUCUCCCAAGGGCUUGAGGCUCUCAAUCAAUCUCUAUCAAACACUAUAACAGCAGACUCUUUGAGCUAUCCUCUCAAUGUGGCUAACUACAUGGGACAUAUGGCAAUGGCCAUGAACAAGCUCUCCACUCUUGAAGGUUUCGUGAGACAGGCAGAUAAUCUGAGGCACCAAACCAUUCACCGUCUGCAUCAGAUCCUAACGAUACGUCAAGCAGCAAGGUGUUUUCUAACCAUUGCCGAGUAUUUCCACCGUCUGCGUGCACUGAGUUCUCUGUGGUUGGCACGCCCUCGCCAAGAAUAG